AUGUCGGCAUAUGCCGCCGGAGCUGAGGCAGCCAAUGCGAAGGGGUACACGCAAUUUGUGGUUUCGGCGAUAAGGGCAUUGAACGACGAUUGGUAUAAUAUUCGCACAGGUAUCUGGGACGAUGCUUGGUGGAAUAGCGGAAACGUCAUCACUACCUUGGCAGACUUUGCGUCAAUACGGCUUGGCGAGGCCAACGAGCUCAAUGUUGGUGGCUACCUGAGGAACACAUUUUACCAAGCCCAAAAGGUCAAUGUCAAAACAGCCAAGUUUGUUGACAUGUCUGGCAUGGUCAAGUCCAUUUACUGCCUGGACCAAGAUCGUGGCUGCAUGGCUAAGCGAGAGUUUUUGGGCAAGCGUGGCUUCGACGAUUUUAUCAACGAUUUUUACGAUGACGAGGGAUGGUGGGCUCUGGGCUGGAUCAAAUCUUACGACGUCUCCGGAGAUCAAGCCUAUCUCAAUGCCGCCAUUGAUUUGUUCAACGACAUGCGAACAGGCGAAGGCACCGAGUGUGGCGGCGGUAUUUAUUGGAGCAAAAAACGAGACUACGUCAACGCCAUCGCCAACGAGCUCUAUCUGUCAGUAGCUGCAGCCCUAGCUAGACGAGUUCCCGGAAACGACACGUUCAAAACAACUGCCAUGAAACAAUGGGACUGGUUUGAGAGGAGCGGCAUGAUCAACGCGCAAAACCUAGUCAAUGACGGACUCGACAAGUCAUGCAAGAACAACGGUUUACAAACCUGGACCUACAACCAGGGCGUUGUCCUAGGUGGACUCGCUGAUCUCUUUUUGCUUACCAACGAUGAAAAAUAUAUAGAAAAAGCGGUAGCCAUUGCUCAAGCCGCCAUCAAAACAUUGUCCGGCAGAAACGGUAUUCUCAUUGAGCCCGACGGCUGCGAUGCCAGACUCAAUUGCGGCAGAGAUGGCUCACAGUUCAAAGGCAUUUUUAUUCGCAACUUACGUUAUCUCCAUGAUGUUGCUGCCCGCCAGGAAUUCAAGGACUACAUCAUAAGGAAUGCCGACUCCAUCUUGGACAACGACAAAAAUGGCGAUCGUUUCGGGGUGGCAUGGGCCGGCCCCUAUGCUCAAGCCAUUGGCGCGACACAAAGCAGCGCAUUGGAUGCGUUGGUUGCGGCUGUCGCUGUCUCAUAG